AUGAAAUCGCUGACCGAUUUAUUCGGUUGCUUCAAACGGAAUCCGAGGCGAGGAGAUGAAGCAGCUUCGGCUAAUCAAUCCACAAGUGACAGCCCGCCUAUGGGGGCAGUGGCAAGUGGAAUGCCUCCGCCGAAGCGUCGUGCUCCGACGGAAACAAAAACACCACCAGGUGAAAGAAAUGUUGAUGACACUGGAAUUCCAUUGAAGGAAGCGUUGAAGCAGGCGAAUGAUGCUAAAUUCGCAGUUUUCUGUUCUGGAAACAACGAAGAAGAGGAAAAGCAAAUUUCGGAAAUCGAGUCUAUUCUAAAAACUUUGAAAGAUCCACCAGAGACUGAAAAACCUCUCGAAAUUCCUGAAAUUCAAAGAAUCCAAGUCAGCUCAUCGUCUAAAAAAGCAAUCCAAUAUCUGACUUUGCACGAUUCCUGGCCACUAAUCUACAUCAAAGGAAAUGCAGUUGGAGGACUCAAGGAGCUGAAGGCGUUGAAGCAAGACUAUUUGAAAGAGUGGCUUCGUGAUCAUACGUACGAUUUAAUUGUAAUUGGAGGAGGAUCGGGUGGUCUAGCAGCAGCCAAAGAAGCAGCAAGACUCGGUAAAAAAGUUGCUUGUCUGGAUUUUGUGAAGCCUUCACCACAAGGAACAACUUGGGGACUCGGAGGAACUUGUGUAAAUGUCGGAUGUAUUCCAAAGAAGUUGAUGCAUCAAGCAAGUUUAUUGGGUCACUCGAUUCAUGACGCUAAAAAGUUCGGAUGGAAGUUGCCAGAAGGAAAAAUCGAACAUCAAUGGGGACAUAUGCGUGACUCUGUACAAGACCAUAUCGCUUCUUUGAAUUGGGGAUAUCGAGUUCAGCUAAGAGAGAAGACGGUCACUUAUAUCAAUUCCUAUGGAGAGUUCACCGGACCAUUCGAAAUUUCUGCAACCAAUAAAAAGAAGAAAGUCGAAAAACUUACUGCCGAUCGCUUCUUAAUUGCUACUGGUCUCCGCCCCAAGUAUCCAGAUUAUCCAGGUGUGAAAGAGUACACGAUCACUAGUGACGAUUUGUUCCAACUUCCGUAUUCUCCUGGAAAAACACUUUGCGUUGGAGCAUCGUACGUUUCACUGGAAUGUGCCGGAUUUCUGCAUGGUCUAGGAUUUGAUGUCACUGUAAUGGUACGUUCGAUUCUUCUCCGUGGUUUCGAUCAAGACAUGGCAGAACGUAUUCGCAAACAUAUGAUCGCCUAUGGUAUCAAGUUUGAAUCUGGGGUUCCGACGAGAAUCGAGCAAAUCGAAGAAAAGACCGACGAGAAGGCGGGAAGAUAUCGCGUAUUUUGGCCGAAGAAGAACGAAGAAACUGGUGAAGAGACCGAAGUAUCGGAAGAAUACAACACGAUUCUGUAUGCGAUCGGAAGAGAAGCUGUGACGGAUGAAGUGGGACUUGAUAGCAUUGGAGUAGAGAGAGCAAAAAGCAAAAAGGUUGUUGGAAGACGUGAACAGGCGACGACGAUUCCAUGGGUUUAUGCAAUCGGUGAUGUGUUGGAGGGGACUCCGGAAUUGACACCAGUCGCAAUUCAAGCUGGAAGAGUUUUGAUGAGACGUAUUUUUGAAGGAGUCAAUGAAUUGACAGAAUACGAACAAAUCCCAACAACUGUCUUCACUCCACUCGAAUACGGAUGUUGUGGCCUUGCCGAAGAAGAUGCGAUCAAGAAGUACGGAAAGGAAAACAUCAUCAUCUAUCACAACGUGUUCAAUCCACUCGAGUACACGAUUCCCGAACGAAUGGACAAAGAUCACUGCUAUCUGAAACUGAUCUGUUUGAGAAACGAAGAAGAAAAAGUCGUCGGCUUUCAUAUUCUGACUCCAAAUGCAGGAGAAGUCACUCAAGGAUUUGGAAUUGCUCUGAAGUUGGCAGCGAAGAAGGCUGACUUCGAUCGUCUCAUUGGAAUUCAUCCAACUGUCGCAGAGAGUUUCACGACGUUGACAUUGGAGAAAAAGGAUGGAGACGAGGAGCUACAAGCAUCGGGUUGCUGA